AUGCCGUACAACACUCGACGAAAGUCACUGUCCCUGCCCUCCCUGGGUAUUCAUGUUCCUGGAAGCCACGCGAGCCGCGUCCCUUCAACCGCCACUUCGAGUCGAAAUACCCCCGACAAUACAUCGAGACGUGUUUCCAUUGUAUCAACAACCAUAGUAUCUCACCCCAACAAGAGACAGAAACGAUCUCACCAAAAUGAGGCGGCUGGGCGUAGGGUUGACUCCUCCAAAGGGCCCGACGAACAGGCGAUGUUGGAGCACACGCCUCCGCCAUCGCCUAUAACCGACGAGUCAAUGGAGUUACAACACACCGCCAGCAUCGCGGCAGCAUCAAGAAAGAGAAACCAAGAAGGUAUCAACGACGAGAUCGUCGAGGCUGUUAUUGCGCAGUUACAAGCGACGGCUAAUCGGCCACAUCUGGUGAAAGAGCUUGCAACCGUCUUGUCAAAACAAUUGUCAAUUGUUCAACACUCCGCAAAUCCUUGUGCUAUAAUCUCCUCCCGUCUUGCCGCCUACCUCAAGCGGUCGUCUUGGAGCGCCCUUGCGCCUUGUCCCCUAGCCAAGGAACUAGAAGUAGCACAUCCUCGGCGGACGUACUUCUACCUUACGACCUGUCCAAGACAACCUUUCCCCGCCGAUAUGGCGGUGCCCCUAAUCUUGCAGCGAUCCGUGAUUUCACCUUCAGUGUCCAGUGUCACAUCAGGGUCUGAUGAUGAAGAUGAUCUGGAUCUGCGCCGUAGGGAGUUGAGUCUGUCUCCAGAAGUUGAUCUUUCGUCCCCGGAGUUCGACGACGCAGACGACGACUUCGCCAUGCCCACAACGCCUGUUGGGUCACUUCCCAAUACCCUGCGGCAUGACAGGAGUCACCGCAGUGCGUCACCACCUCUCGAAAAAGACGAAAGAGAAUUUACCCAAACUGCCGACGUACUCCAGAAGCGGAAGCUAGCCCGAGAUUUUCCGCUGGUUGUUGCAGGAGAGCACUGUGCUGUCAGCGGCUAUGACCAGGCGCGCGAUGAUGCCAUAUUCGACGAGAAGCAGAACAUUACCGUGAAUGGCGGCCCUGCUCCUAUGCAUUUCAUCACUAGUCCUGCCGUUAAGGCAUCACUUCCCUCCAGCACUAAAAGAGACGCUGAUGGCGACAGCUGGUUGAAGCUUGGGACAUUACUAGAGUGGGAUCAUAGCCCAGAGAACAUUGAACUCGACGAGCUUGACUGUUUACUGGACUCGUGUUGA